GUAUUGGGAGUGUAAAAUCAGAUGAUUCGUUUGAACAACAAAAGACAGACGACAACAAUAAACACAAGAAAGCUAAAAUCAAAAUACAAAAAUAGAGCAAUAAAAUUAUUACAUUUUUUCCAUUUGUGCAAGCAAAAACAAAGUGAAAUAACAACUAGUUGUCGUCUUCUCUUGUUGUUAUUGCAUUUAGUGAGUGAGAGAUAAUUGUGUCCAGUGCCUAACCCAACGGUGGGUCAUUCCAUAACGCGGAAGUGGGGUCAUUCCAUGUUACAAAUCAAUAAAAUAACUCCAAAAGUUAAACAAAUGACAUCCAUGGAAAGUUUCUAAAGUCUUCCACAUCGUUACGCUUCAGUGUCUGAACUUUCUUCCCCAAAAAACGAGACAAACAUCACAAACCGGCCAUCGACAAUUUAAUAACAACAGAUUAGUUUUACCAUUCUCCGUCGGUCAAUGGUGAUUUGCAGAAAAUUGGUGGGGAGUUGACCGGAGCUUCAGCAUUGAAUUCGAAUUCGACAAUAUCGUCCGUCAGUGGUUGUAGACAACAAGGUCUGAGUUUUAUUUGUUAAAAUCCCAACCAUACACAGAGCUUCAACAUGACAGUUCAAAGUAAAAUGGUGUCACUUUGUACCUGCAAAGAUUUUCAACAUUGCUGGACGGAUAAAUGUGUCAAUGCGACGGCUGGUAUUAUACUGGCCGCCACACCCUAUUGCCUUAGAGUUUAUACCAUGGUUUAUGCGCUAUCCCUAGUUAUGCGUGGUAAAAUUCCCACUUUGGAUGAUUUGAAGAAAACAGUCCGGGGCAUUUUACAGUCCACAGCCUUUUUGGUGACAAAUGCCUAUGGCUUUAUUAUGUACAAUUGUCUGAUGCGUCAUCUUAUGGGUUAUUAUACAACGGCGAGUGUGGCAUUUUUGCCUUGUUUCUUGGCCAGUUUAAUGGCCAUUGUUGUGGAGAGGGAGCCGAGAAGGCCAAUGUUGGCAUUGUAUGUGGCAAAUGUGGGCACUGAGACCCUGUGGAAUAUGGCUGAGGCCCGUGGUUGGGUGAAAUCCAUACCAAAUGGCCAGGUUCUCUUGUUUGGAGCCAGUAUUUCGGCAUUACUGUAUUUGUAUAAAUUGGGUCUACACAAAACCACCUGCAAAGAUUCGCUAUUUGGUCUACUGAAAAUAUUUGUGGGUAAAGCCGAGGAAGGUCCAGCAACCAAAGAGAGUAUAGAGGGUAAUCCUGCUGCUCCCACAACGCAGCAAAGAUCCCGUCCUCCAAUAAAUUUUGCCACCAUCAAUGGUUGGGUACAAGCCUAUUCGAGGUUUAUUGAAAAACUUAAAGGCAAACAUGAAACCUGUAAUCACAAAGAAAGCUGUGUUCACUAUUCCAUUAUGGGUGGCCUCAAACCAUUGGUGGGUGGUAUCGGUGUCCAGGUUGCCUUGAAACUUUUGCUGAAUAUCAAAAAGGUGGCCCAAAAUAAAUUGGAUUGGCGAAAAACAGUGUUCACCAAGAAAACAAUGAACUUGGGUCUGUUUUUGGGUGCUUUCUCAUUCCUAUUUAAGUCUGUUUCCUGUGGCCUUAGACAUGGUUUUAAUCGUGACGAUCCCAGAUUUGCCAUACCAGCUGGUCUAAUUGCCAGUACAAGCUUCCUUUACUAUCCCGACAAAACAGUAGCUCUAUAUGUUAUGUGGAAAACACUACAGAUUGUCUACAAUUUGGGUAUUGAAAAGAAGAAGGUACCCAAGGUCCCAGGUUUUACGAUAAUGCUGUAUGCCUUCUGCACAGCGGUGCUGUUCCAUGCCGGUAUCUUGGAACCCAAAACUUUGAGACCUAGCUACUACAAAUUCCUGCAAGAUAUUUCGGGUGGAAGAUUUAAUCACUUCAACAUGAAACCCCUGGAUGUCUUUGGCUUGGAUACCGCCCGACAAACGGAAGAAGUUUUGAUUAGUUUAAAACUAACCGAUAGAUCCAAAUUGCCCAUGUUUGCCUUGGCCGAUUGGUAGUAAAGAUAUGAAGAAUUUACUUCUUAUAAACUAGUUGUUUUUUUUUUGUAUCUAAUGUAAAUAUAUAGGAAUUAUGCAACGGGUGUUUGUACAAAAUUUCUAAUUGUGAUGUGAACGAGUGAUGUGAGAAUACCAAAGGAUAUAUAGCCUUUGAUAUCUUUUGUGUUUAUCUAACUACCUAAAUGUAUAAUAGUAUAGUUUAUUUUUUUUUUUAAUUUUUGUAUUUUGUGGCUAAUGAGAAGCAAUGAAUCGUUAAUUUCUUCUUUUGCAAGAAAUUUUAAAAUGAUUUCCAUCCUAUUAUUCUUUCAUUCUAAUAUAAUGAAUUUAAAUAUUUUAAAUAGUUAAUUAUGUUUUAAUAAGAAAAGAAAUAUAUAAUAUUUAAUUGUCACGAGAGUGCUAUUUGAAUUUUGAACUGU